UUGUUUUAUGACGUGGUGAUGAACGUAGGGUUGGAAAAACAGGUGGUGGCGAUACCUCAACACUGCUGAUAAAAAAACAACAUAAGUUUCAGGCCAUUGCAUAAAAUUACUUGUGAAUUCGUGCCGCAGUGACCAACCUUUUCCUGGUUAGGUGUUUUUUUCGAAGGCGGAACAACUUUUGUAGCGUCCAUUGUAACAUCGCAUAAAUAUCUCGUUCUCAGGCGAAAAAAUGAACAGUAAAAAACAUCUGCUUAUUUGAUCGCGUGGUCCUGUGAUAUAAAGCAAUACUGGAACGGAGCGAAAUGGAAGACUCGGUUGAUAGACCGGGCCUAUUAACAAGCGAGUCCUUCAGUGAACGGUCUGAUCUGCUGUCGGCGUAUAAAACCUGGAAUCGGCCCUCAGGGCGUCUUAUACAGGGUUGUCCAUUUCCGCACUGAAUCGGAGUAAUUUUCAGCUGUGUGUCGUCAUAAGUAACGUCUGUUUUAGAAACCAAAGCAUGAAAUCGAAACACGUAGUAAAAUAUAAUAAUUUUUCGUUAAUAUACUGAAAUUGUUUACAGGAUGAUUUGAAAGUAAUGCAAAACAUUCCUGACAUAUGUUCUGUUUGUACACUUCCCGUAGGAUAAUUUACUAUGAAGAGAAAGUUUUUCAGUAACUUUCAAGGAAAGCGAAACAAAGUUCGACGGUUAUCGUUUAAACUAUCGAUACUUAAUAUCGAUUGUCGACCGGAACGGUUUCUGUCCUGCGCGUUUCCUGUGUCAAGGAAAUGGUUCGCCAGAUAUUAUCGAUUUGUUUGGCACAGGGGAAUAGAUAAAUGUAACCUUAAAUUAUUUGUAGAAAGUUAAGUAAGAACGAGAUACCUGAUAGUGUUCGACAAAUUUUAUAAAUUUAACAAGGCUGAUUAAAGUCCAUUAAUAACUUAUGUACCACUAGUUUUAACACUCAAUAACUAUUUUGCGCAAAGAUUGUAUUAUUUAUGGGUGUGGUAUGAUUAUCAGAGUUAACAUCGAUUAUUUCCUUAAAUAUCAUUAACCUAUCGAUCUUUUCAGUGAUGAAAUAACUUGUUUUCUUUGAGGUCGGAACUGUUUUGUUAUAUAUUCUUUGGAAGAGCUUUGGGAUUUACGUAUGAAUAAGGUGCAUAAGUAGAAACAAAUGUCCGAACACCCGUACAUCAACGACUGUUCAGAUGCAAAACAGUUUUUUUAUAAGUGCUUAGAAGUGGGCGGGGAAACAUCCCUCAGGUUAGACUCCAGUCAGAACAUAACCUCACUCAUUUUCUCUCACCUUUCACCUUUUCCCUUUCUGUGAGAUGUUAUCUGUACAGGCUGGCUACAAGGUCUUGUGUCAUUAAUUCGCGUUGUUGUGAGCUUGAAGGAGUGUUGUUUGUAUGCCUAUAUUUUACAAGAUGUAGAGUCCCAAGGCCUCAAAUAUUAUUACGGAAGGGAAGACAUCAUAUUUCAAAGAUCUCUUACCUCUUUUCAUACAUCAUAUCAAGAUCCCAGGAAAUUAACAAGAUUGAGGUUAAAGUGGCCUUCAAUGGCAUCAGUCUGUCCCUAAUAUGAUAGCCAAUACAGAAUAAGAGUAAAAAUAGUCCGUGUUUACGAGGCCAUUACGCCCGUCUGCUUUUCCGAUCGAUUUUAAGUCUCUGGAUACAUGCAUCAAACAAGCCAGAACAGCAUCGUCGUCUUCAGAUACAGACAUACAUGUGCAUAAUCACACUUCAAUUGAUUUUAUGUUUGCAAUGGAAAGGUAAUAUUGUUUGACCUUUUUAGAGGAGAUUUAAUGAUUACUUGAAUUUAUGUCAUUCAUUGGAUGGCAUUUGAAAGUCUAAGUGACCCAGUUUGAAAACACUUAAUCACAACAUUGCGUAAUCAGUGUCCAUGCAACUUUCUUUAAUAGACAUUCCUUCCAUUUAACCGAAAUUAGUUAAGAACAAUGAAACGAUCUGCACAGUAUGUUUAGCUUUGUUUUGAAUUGUUUUGGAAGGGAAAUUCUUUUUUUUUAAGUUUGUUUAGAUUAUUUCCCGCCGAUAAUUGUUACGAGGUUAAAUUAAUUUUUAUUCCAUGCAGUACUGAAAAAAGGGUGGUAAUACGUAAUCCGCUCUUCUACCUUUGCAAUGUGCUGAAGCCUAGCGUUGACUAUAGCAACUAACAGUGCAGUUGACAGUCGCCUUCUUGUAGUGAUGGAUAUUUUAUAGUUUACAUCGAUGUUGGAAGAGAUAUAUCAAGAUAACCUCAUUGGCGAUCCGAAUGAUUUAGAUGAGAUAAUAGAGCAGCAGGGUGAUAGGCAGUUUGGUGAAGCAGAGGAAGAAGACCGGGGGUCUGAAGACGGUGUUAACGAUGCUACUGCUGAUAAUGAAAACCCGGAUGGUACUAGAGUUGAACCCAGGAAGAAACAAGUCAUCCGGAAUCCUCGGCCAAAAUUGGGUCCGGAGCAGCUGCAAAGUUCUCGUGGUAUCGCUGUCUUAGAGAAUACUUUCAAAGAUUUCAAAUUCCGCGGAAAAGGUUAUGAAAAAUUUGAUCUUGAUAGGGUAAUGAAGAGACUGGAGCACUGGGCGCAUCGUCUUUCCCCCCGCUUUCAGUUCGAUGACUGCUUAGAAAGGAUUGAGAAACUAGGGCAGAAUAAGAAUGUGCAGGUUUAUGUGAAAAAGAUACGCAUGGGAUUAGAAACUGCUGAUGUACCAGUGGAAUUAGUUGAUGAGGAUGAUGAACCUGAAGUUCAUUAUGAAGCACCUGUCGAUGAUUUUGAUGAACUUUUAAGUCAGCAGUUAUCCAGAGUUGGGCAAGAAAGCAGGACACAGUUCCCUUCUUCGCAGACACUACCACCGCCACAUCAGUCCGCAGUAUCACAAUCAGCAGACAUGACUGCAGAACAGAGACAACGUAUGCUUAGGAAUCAGUUAUUGGCAAAGGAGAAGAGGCUUGCGAGAAUGAAAGCAAAUCAGGAACUACAGGAAACUGCCGAGACAGAACGGACUGCCACCUCAGUAUCAAAUAUUGAAGCCGGUACCUCCUUCGAAUUACCGUCUCCUAAAAUUAACGGCGGUACCAGUGACACAGUUGAUGUCCAAGAUGCGAAUACGUGUGAAAAUGAAGAGACCACUUUGUUUUGCGAGGCAUUUGAAGUUGGGGGAACCAGCGCCAUUUCCAAGUCAGUUGAUACUGAUAACCUGAAAAUUAUUUCUGGACCAACUGACAAAGUCAGCAACUUUUCCAAACCAACUGAACCAGCAGAUGCUGAGCGGAUUGAUGGCACUUCCAUGACAGUGGAUGCUGAGCGGAUUGAUGGCACUUCCAUGCCAGGGGAUGCUGAGCGGAUUGAUGGCACUUCCAUGCCAGGGGAUGCUGAGGGGAUUGAUGACACUUCCAUGCCAGUGGAUGCUGAGCGGAUUGAUGGCACUUCCAUGCCAGGGGAUGCUGAGGGGAUUGAUGACACUUCCAUGCCAGUGGAUGCUGAGCGGAUUGAUGGCACUUCCAUGCCCAUGGAUGCUGAAGAGACUCGUGCCACUCCCACACCAGUUGGUGUAGAGACCAAUAUCUUCAUUCAUGGUUGAAGUAAAAGACAGUUUUUAAUACACUGAUGAAUAAGGUUUGGAUUAGAUAAAAAUUUUGUUGUUUUGAGAUAAAGUAUGUGCAGAAACUUUUUAAUGAAGAUUCUGCAAAUUACAGUAUUUUAUUUGCUAUUACUCCCAUUCUUUAAUGAGAAGUGAAUUCUUUGUUGAUAAUAAAGAGGACAGUUGCCCUUGGUGGA